AUGCCGUCACCCGUUCGUGCUAGCGCUUCCACAUCGAUCCGUAGACUCUCUCAGACCGCUCGUCAGCUGUCCAACGGUUCGUCACCCAUUCACACCAUGGCUUCCGCUCAGGACUACAAGACCCGCGCCGUCGGUGCGCCCAACACGCUCGACUACCGUGUCUACCUCGAGAACACCAAGACCGGCCUCCCCGCUUCGCCCUUCCAUGAUGUUCCUCUCUUUGCUGAUGAGAGCAAGACCAUUCUCAACAUGAUUGUCGAGAUCCCGCGAUGGACCAACGCCAAGAUCGAGAUCUCCAAGGAGGAGAACUUCAACCCGUUCAAGCAGGACACCAAGAAGGGCAAGCUGCGCUUCGUUCGCAACUGCUUCCCUCACAAGGGCUACAUCUGGAACUACGGUGCCUUCCCUCAGACCUGGGAGGACCCGCACCACACUCACCCCGACACCAAGGCUAAGGGUGACAACGACCCGCUGGACGUGUGCGAGAUCGGCGAGCAGGUCGGCUACACCGGCCAGAUCAAGCAGGUCAAGGUUCUCGGCGUCAUGGCUCUCCUCGACGAGGGCGAGACCGACUGGAAGGUCAUCGUCAUUGACGUCAACGACCCGCUCGCCUCCAAGCUCAACGACAUUGAGGAUGUCGAGCGCCACCUCCCCGGCCUCAUCCGCGCCACCAACGAGUGGUUCCGCAUCUACAAAAUCCCCGACGGAAAGCCCGAGAACCAGUUCGCCUUCUCCGGUGAGGCCAAGAACCGCAAGUACGCCACCGAGAUCGUGCACGAGUGCAACGAGGCCUGGAAGCGCCUCAUCAACGGCCAGGCGGACGCCGGCGAGAUCAGCCUCGCCAACUCGGCCGUCCAGGGCUCCAAGGGUCUCGUCGGCGGUAACGACAAGGAGGUCGCUAGCAUCCCCAAGGCCAACCCCCAGCCUGCUGCGCCCAUCGAUGCUAGCAUCGACAAGUGGUUCUUCAUCUCGAGCUCGUCCAACUAA